AUGGACGUUUCAAAACCGCCAAUCUUGCUCAUCCACGGCUUGUGGGUGACAGCCAAAUACUGGGAACACUGGAUACCAUAUUUCGAAAGCCUGGGCUACGAAGUACACGCCCCCGAAUGGCCCGGGAUCAACGGCCGCUCCCCGGAAGAAGUCCGGGAGGACCCCCAACCGUUGGCCAAUAAGUACAUCGAAGAAAUCGUGGGAUAUUAUGAAGCAUUCAUCAACAAGCUGCUAGCACCGCCAAUCAUCAUCGGUCACUCGUUCGGCGGCCUGUUUGCACAAAUUCUCACAUCGCGCGGUCUCGGUGCUGCCGGCGUCGCAAUAUGCCCUGCUCAGCCUGCAGGCAUCAUCACUCUGCCGAGCACCACGUUCAAAGCUGCACUACCCAUCAUCAAGAACCCUUUCAACGCAACCACUACUGUCUCAAUAUCCGAACAACACUUUCAUUGGGCGUUUGCCAACAACACCACUUCCGAUAAGAGUAGGGAGUACUGGGAACGCUACUGCAUCCCGGGAGUUGCAAGAGUGCUGUGGCAGCUAACGACCAAUGUUGCGGGCGGACGAUCGGCCCCCACGCAUGUGAACUUCAACAAGAUUGACCGGCCACCGUUGUUGCUCUUGUCCGCCUCAAAAGACCACAUCGUUCCUCCCAGCACAGUGAGGAAAAACUUCGAAGCCUAUCAAGGCCCUUCAUUCGUCGAGUACAAGAUGUUCCCUGGACGUGCCCAUGGGAUGAUAUUCCAGCCUGGGUGGGAACAGGUUGCGGACUACGUUCUCGAUUUCAUUGAAGAACUCACCGCAUAG